CGCUCUUGAUAAAAAUAACGAAGAAACUGCGAAGCAGGCCUGCCCCCUUCCCUCCCUCGCGACAUUCCCCGUCGGCUCCUACUCUCCUUUGACCUCGAACGCGUUCCAAACGCGAGAGAGAGACCAUCUGAAAUGAUGCUCCUCAGAUCGAUACCCUCCUACUCUAUCUUCUUCUCUUCCGUGCUCCACCUUUUGUAGCCCGCCCUAUUUCUAUCAGACAUAUACAUAAAGCUUUUCUCCUCUUUCUCUCUCUCUCUCUCUCUCUCUUGAGCAAUGAAGUCGUCUUUGAAGAAGCUGCGAGGAUUCGCGCUUCACAAGAACGAUGCCAAGGAGAAAAGGGACUACCCUCAGACGGCGCAGCUCGACGAGCUCGCACAGGCGUCGCAGGAUAUGCAUGACAUGAGAAACUGCUAUGAUAGCUUACUUUCUGCUGCUGCGGCCACCACAAAUUGUGCAUUUGAGUUUUCGGAGUCGCUGCGGGAAAUGGGUGCCUGCCUUCUUGAGAAAACUGCAUUAAAUGAUGACGAAGAAAGUGGUAGAGUUCUGUUAAUGUUGGGGAAAGUUCAGUUUGAAAUUCAGAAACUUGUUGAUUGCUAUCGUUCUCAUAUUGUCCAGACAAUAUCUACCCCAUCGGAGUCCCUUCUAAAUGAACUUCGAACAGUGGAGGACAUGAAACGCCAGUGUGAUGAAAAAAGAAGUCUAUAUGAAUACAUGAUGGCGGCACAGAGAGAAAAGGGGAGGUCAAGAAGUGCCAGAGGAGAAACUUUUUCAUCCCAGCAGUUGCAAACAGCUCAAGAGGAAUAUGAUGACGAGGCAACUUUAUUUGUUUUCCGGUUGAAAUCAUUGAAGCAAGGGCAGUCUCGAAGUCUUCUAACACAGGCAGCUCGGCACCAUGCAGCACAGUUGAGUUUCUUUAAGAAAGGACUCAAGUCUCUGGAGGCAGUUGAGCCACAUGUAAAACUGGUUACUGAACAGCAACAUAUUGAUUACCAAUUCAGUGGACUUGAGGAUGAUGAUGGGGAAGAUGGUGAUGAGGAUUAUGGUGAUGAUGCCAAUGAUGUUGGGGAAUUGAGUUUUGAUUAUGGACAGAAUGACCAUGGACAAGACAUUGUUUCUACAUCUAGGAAUUCAAUGGAGCUAGAUCAAGUGGACCUCUCAUUUGCUGCAGCAUCAACGGUGGGAACUGCAAAGGAAAAUGUAGAUAAAAGUCAAGGGGAUCUGCCAACCUUAAGCAGGACUCCGAAGGUUGGUAGUCAAUCAGCACCUAUCUUUCCUGAUAAAAUGUUUGAUCCUGCAGAAAAGAUAAGAGACAUGCGACCUUCAUCAACUAGGAAGUUUCACACAUAUGUGCUCCCCACACCUGUUGAUGCUAAGAAUCCAGUUCUAGCCAGAUCAAGUACUCCAGCUGCUCGUGUACGGCAGGGAAGCAUGAGCGGUCAGACUCGCAAUUUGUGGUACUCAUCCCCACUGGAACCAAAGAAGCAUCUGAAAGAUCCCAGAGAUGAUCCAUCAUCAGACCCAUCUGGCCGCACCGUGAAGGCCCAGUCAGUGCUCAAAGAGAGCAACAGCACCUCCAUCAGGGCCCCACUAACCGAGGGACAAGCAUUCCGACAGUUUGACAUACACACUGCUUCUGAUUCUAAAAAGAUAAAGAGAUAUGCUUUCUCUGGCCCAUUAACGAGGAAUGAAUGGUCGAACAAACCUGCUUUGUCUGCCAGUGGUCCUAUAUCCUCAGCGGACCACCCACAGCUAGUUUCGGCGAUGCUCUCACGCAUCCCGAUGCGCCAUCCAUCCGUGUCUCCAAGAGUGUCCCCUCCAGCUUCACCACCUCUCAUGUCGUCGCCGAAGAUAAGCGAACUUCACGAGCUUCCUAGGCCACCGGUCAGUUUAGCUAACCCCACCAGACCUCUGGGUUUGCUUGGUCACUCGGCCCCUCUGGUUUCCAGAAGUCAAGAGCAUUCUCCGACAAACAAAGUGCCAUUGAUGACACCAAAAGCAGCAUCACCGCUCCCCAUGCCUCCUCCUGGAAGUGUCACUCGCAGUUACUCUAUACCUUCAAGUGGUCAAAGAGCGGCCGCAUUGAAUGCAGACAUUACUGAAGAAGUUGCUUCACCUCCGUUGACACCCAUUUCUUUAACGAAUACCCAGCCGGCAUCAACUGCCUCUGAGUCAGCCACUCGGCUUGGAAAAAUCUGAGCCUAGGAACGCACAUGGAACGAUUAUGAGAGACUGAAUGGAAGGGGUGCAUGGACGACUGAUCACUUUAAUAUCUUGAUCCAAUGUUGUUCGAAGUGUUGUGCGCCCAGACUACUUGGGAGGUUGGAGCCUACCAACAGUCCCUGCAUGGCCAGAGAAUUGGUCCCACCAAACAAUCCUAACGGUGCAAUUCGAACCAGGACUGAUUAUUGACUCUGGCCCAAAUGGGUGGAGCCCGGCAGAUGGUCUGGAUCAUGUAUAUGUUUGUGACAUGUUCCCAGAAUAUAUGGUAAGAGUCCAAUUGGGUGGUUGUUUUGGAGAGAGGGUGGUUAGUACACCUAAAUCGGCUACAUGGUAUGUGCAUCAACCACUUAGAUGGACUAACCAACCACUGAUGCAUGGGAGGAAACAGAUCUCUGUAGGGGAUCUACCAUUGACUUGCCCACACCAGAGGAUGGGCGAUGAUUCAGACAGUUCCCUUUCGAUGAUCCGAGCUAUCCAAUUGUUAAAAAUAAAAGAUGGGGAGUAAUAAGCGCAGAUGGCACCCCUUAUGAACAAGAAUUCUGGCCCACCACCCAUGCUUCGGAACCACCAGACCAGCAAUCAGGAUCUCUGUAAGGUGAGCCCCACCUUGUGCAGUCUGCUGGUCGACAACAAAAAUUUGCCAGCCU